GGAGGAGGAGGAGGAAGGCCGGGGUUAUUCCGCUAAACCCCGGUCUAAAUCAUGGCCAAGUACGACGAUCUAGGUCUGGAAGCCAGCAAGUUUAUCGAGGACCUCAACAUGUACGAGGCCUCCAAGGAUGGUCUCUUUCGCGUGGACAAAGCUGCCGGCAACAACCCCGAGUUUGAGGAGACCAGGCGGGUGUUCGCCACCAAAAUGGCCAAGAUCCACCUCCAGCAGCAGCAGCAGCAGCAGGAGGAGAUGCUGAUGGCCGCACUGAACGGAGGGGUUCCUUUCAACCCCCCCCGGCCCUGCCUGCCUGUGGCAAGGGGGUCGAAGCCACCACCGGCAGCCGCUGAGGGGUCGCGUGUGAGGCCGGACGAUGGAGGUGAGGCCCCCGGCAGCCAGGCUGGCGGGGGAUGGGAAGCGGAGCCCAACAGGAUCCCCAGACCCGCUGUGGGGCACAGGGAGCAGCAGGCUGGGACCCCCAGUGACCCUCAGCCCUACCGUGGUGGGCAGGAGAAUGGCAGCAAGAGCCAUGAGCCGGCGGCAGCUGGGCAGAGGUCCUCCUUAUCGCAUGCCCGACCACCCUCGGCAGGGACAGAGGAUGGGGGUCCCGGGGGCCCUGCCACAGGAGGUCCUCCUCCUUCUCAGCCCCCCAGGGCAGGAGGGGACAGCAGCCACCUGUGGUACCAGGGCGUCCCGCUGUCCUUCCCCCCCAGCUCGGCGCCCGCCGCCCCUAGCGUGGACUACCAGCACACCACAGCUUACGCCAGCCCAGCCGGACACUUGGUGGCCCACGGUCAGAACCACCGGGCCAACGGCAGCAGCACAAGCCCCGAGCCGGGCUCCUCACGCCUGGCCUCACGUGGGGUGACGGCUUCGGAUGCUCCACAGCCGCUUUUCUCCGAGGGUGUGAGCGGCCCCCGGUCGGACACCGGGCACACCGAGGGCUCCAGCACGGCCAAGGUGAAGCUGCCGUGCCAGACCCUCCUUCCGCAGCCGGAGCAAGGGCCGUCGGCGGCGGAGCUGAAGCUGGAGGCACUGACCCAGCGCCUAGAGCAGGAGAUGGAUGCGCGGCCGAAGGCUGAUUACUUGGGCACCUGUGUGAAGUGCAGCAAGGGGGUGUAUGGAGCAAACCAGGCUUGCCGCAUGGGCAACCUCUAUCACGAUGCCUGCUUCACCUGUGGAGCAUGCAGUCGAAAGCUGAGGGGAAAAGCUUUUUAUUUUGUCAAUGGGAAGGUGUUCUGUGAAGAAGAUUUCCUGUAUUCUGGUUUCCAGCAGUCAGCUGACAGAUGCUUCAUUUGUGGUCAUUUGAUAAUGGACAUGAUCCUGCAGGCUCUAGGGAAAUCAUAUCAUCCAGGCUGCUUCCGAUGCGUGGUCUGCAAUGAGUGUCUGGAUGGUGUGCCGUUCACUGUAGACUCUGAGAACAAAAUCUACUGUGUCAGAGAUUACCACAAAGUUUUAGCUCCAAAAUGUGCAGCAUGUGGACUUCCCAUUCUGCCCUCUGAGGGAUCUGAUGAAACCAUUCGGGUUGUGUCCAUGGACAAGGAUUACCAUGUGGAAUGUUAUCACUGCGAGGACUGUGGACUGGAACUGAACGACGAGGACGGGCAUCGCUGUUACCCACUAGAUGAACACUUGCUUUGUCACUCCUGUCAUCUGAAACACAUAGAGAAUGGCACAAUGCCUGCAGCUGCAUACCAGCACCACUACUAGCCUGCAUGGCUGACAUCAGAAGGCCAGGACAGAAGAUGGUUACAUGAUCUCCCCUUCUCCCUACUCUCAGUUGGUUUCCUGUGCAUGCUUUUCACCAGUCAGCGAUGUUCCUGUAAAAGGAUAUGAGAGAUUUUUGCUGGAUUCCCAGGGGUUUUAUGCUUGUGAGUUCCAGCUGUUAUCAAACCAGGUCUAUUUGACCAAGACUGUGGUGUGUUACCUAAACUGGUUUACUUCUACGUGCCUUUUUCUGCUGUCUGGAGAUUCCUCUUAGCUCCUUGUGGAACAUUCUUCAGUGAAAGCACAAUUUGCUGUCGUGCCUAUAAAUUCAAAUGGUGCCAUGCACAAUUGAAAAGCCAGAGGCUGGCUUGUCUGUGCCUGCCUGAUGGGGACAUCACAUCAGUCUUACAUUAAGAGUUUCCUGAGAAGCACAUUUCAUCAGAUUCCCCAAAGGACAUCAACCUUUUAAUACCAGUUUUUAGACACUCUCUUUUAUCAAUUUUUUAGGAAAAGACAAGAAAAGGGUCUGUGCAAAAUGGCACACUUAGACCUUUCAGUUAAUUCCCAGGUAUCGAGCCUGGCUGUAAAAGCACCAACUCUCCAAGCACAAACCAGGCAUGCUGGCUGGCAGCUGGAGGCCAACAUCCCAUUUCAAACAGAACAGAAGACUGGAUCAAACUAGGCUGAGCUGCCAUGAUGACUUGGGGUUCUGGGCUUGAAUGUCACUAUGAUAUACAGGGGCCAGCCUGCUGCGUCUAAGUGAAGAGUGGAUCGUGUUUGGAAAGGAAAGGUUGGGAUGCUGAAAGUGUGGACAUGGGGAAGUCCAUCCUCACUCCUGUUUGCAGAGCAGAAGCUCUCUGUACACAGACACAUGCCAGAGUUUCCCCGUUGGUCCCCACAGCUCAGCCCCUGGGCUGGCCACUCCUUUCCAUGGUGUUUACUGAGCACAAAGCUAUUUCAUAAUGGUGCUUACUUAGAGCUCGAGGUCCUUAUGAAGGCUUUGUUUCACAGGGAUUUAGAGCCCGGCUCCACAAGCUGUACUCAGAUGAGUAUGUUGGUAUAAACAAAUGUGCUCCCAUGAAUAACAACAGCUUGUAUGAGAGAGGGAUUAGAGUUUGGCCCUUAGGUCUCUAAAGCAGAAAGGCAAAUUGUUUCUCUUUUUGACCCCUGCUCAAAGGAAUAUGCUCCCCCAGUUUGUGUUACCUAGAUGCUAGGUGUGCCUGCAGGGCAUGUUCUGUAGGUACCAAAGCUGUGCAGUCCCUCAUGUAUAGGUACAAAGCUUUUCUUUAAGAAAAAGCUCUUAAUUUAAAGCCUCAGGUUCAUUUGGGGUUCUUCGUUAGCCUUUCUAGUAUAUUGUGUUGAGUUAAAUCAUCAUCUGUCUAUGCUGAAGAUGCAGAUUUGAUACUGACUGGCAAGAGUAUGACAUUCUUGAAGAUCUUUUUAGUGAGGAAACUACAAUAGAUUAGCUGAGCAGUGGCACUGAGACUCCAAAAAUGAGCCUGUGCUGAGAACCCACCGUGGUUCAAACAACCUCUUUAUCAGUAGCAUACAUUAGGUGCUUGAACAUCACACCACAUAGUCAGACUGACUCCCUCAUGUGCCCAUCAGGAUCAGCUCAGGUGCUGGUAGCCACAAGCUGCCUGUCUCUGCUAAUACACACCACGGGCCUUCAAUUUGUGUGGUACAAAAUGCUGUGCAAAAGUAUUAAAUGGUAAAACAAAUGGAGACCAGUGACCUGUUAGCACCCACCAACAUGUCUGUAUGGCUUGUCUUGGCUGAAAUGUGAACAUCCCAAACUACCCACGGCUCAGGAAGCUUUAGCAUGGAGUUUGAUGGGGCCAACAGACUAUCCAGCCUUCUGCCCCAUCCAGCUGUAAGCACCUCUGCUGCUGUUACUGCUCUUGGGGAUGGCAGCACAUAUCUGGAGGUCAGUCCUGUGCUAGGAACCACCAGGAGCUCUAGCUUUGGUGUAGUUUGGGCUCUGCAGCCCAUCAGUGAGAGACUGAAAGCCCGAGAGAGGAAACUUUCCCAAUGCAGUGUAUGUGGCUCUGGGGCAUAUUCAUCUUUGGAGAGUUGUACAUGUGAUUUAAGAGGGGGUAAAAUUGACCCCACAUAGGGCCUUAAAUUUAGACUCCAAAUGCUGGGUAGUGAGGGAUGGGAGCAGGUUUCAAGGUGUGACUGCUCUUAGGACUGUCAGAAGGGACUGAGGUGGGACAUAACACUGGUAAAUACUCAUUCCCAAGCAGGUGGGUCCUGUCCCUGAGCUUCCUUUGGCAGUAAGGUAUCAAAGUGGCUUCUGGAAGUGAGCUGGAAACAGGAGCCGUGGUCGCCUGUUACUGUCUGGGCGAGAUCAGCUAUUCUGUGGCUCAUGCUUUUGCUCUUGGGUUUUAGAGCAUUUCCUGCCUUUGUUUUGGGAAAGAUCUGAAAACACCAAUGGGACUGAUGCUUUCUUUUUAGCUGCAGUUUAAACUGCAGCCUCACUCUUGCACAACCCCAAAACUGCAGAAAGAAGGGAGGAUGGAGAAGAGCCAUUUUCCUUCACAGAAAGCCUCGAGCAACCUGUUGUGGUGAGCUGUCCGAGGGAGCCCCCUUUGAUCACUGGGAAGCUGCACCCACACAGUGUCUCCUUACUCCUGCCAGCCAUAGUCACAGACUGGUUUGGGUUGGAAAAGGACCUUAAGCUCAUCCAGUUCCAAACCCCCUGCCAUGGGCAAGGACACCCCAUGCUAGACCUUGGGUGACAUCAAGGCCCUGGCCAACCUGGCCUUGAUCCAUCCUCUAUCCCUCAGUGCUGGGGAAAUGAGGGCUGCCCUACUUUCAGUUUUGAGGUCCUGUGUAAAUUAUUAAGUGGCAAUGCUCUCUUUUCCUGUGUUUACAGAGCUAGAAACAACAGUGUGAAGCUACUGAAAAUGGAGCAUGUGAGCUUGUGGGUUUGAAGCUGAAGCAUCUACUGCAUUGUCCUGUGUGGUGCUUACUUGCUCCACUUUAUCUUUGGCAGUUAGAAUUCACUGAAGCUCAUUUCUCCAAGGCUGUGGGUGUCUUGAGUCCCUGUUGAUUGUCCCCAGCUUGUUUCUGGCUCUGUGGCUGCUUGACAGUGGGUCUGGAUGUGGGAAUCAUAGAAUCGGACUGGUUUGUAUUGGAAGGGACCUUAAGAUCAUCCAGUUCCAGCCCCCUGCAGGGGCAGGGCACCUUCCGUUAGAUCAGGUUGAUCCAAGCCUCAUCCAACCUGGCCUUGAACACUGCCUAGGGAUGGGGCAGCCACAGGCUUCUCUGGGCUGCCUCUUCUAGUGCCUGUCUUCAGGCAGCUCUCCCAAAGGGAAAAGCAGGCAGGCAGGUAGCUCUGAGCUGCAUGGCUUUGUGGUUCUCUGCAGAGGAAUUGACAGGAACGGUGUUCAAUUCAGCCUGUCUCCUGCUCAUACACAUUGGGUUCUGCAAUUGGUUUCCUAUGAACCCUGCUGUCUAUUUAUUGAGGUGCUGAAGCAUGGCAUGAAAAGUUAGGGCCUAUCUCCUCCCCCCAGAGUGCUUUUCUGGCUGGUUUUAAGGGGCAAGGGACCCCGUGAAAUUCCCAUUGUGCUGGUAAUGAGCAAUUCACAUGCAAAUAGUUACUCAAGUGAAUUCCCUGGAACCUUGCUUUCAGGAACCAGAGCUUAAUAGAUUUUUUUCCCCCAUUCAGCUCAUGCUGUUAACACAAAACCUCAUUUGAAUAGGGAUUUUUUUUGCAUAAAAGCUGGUGAAAAAGGCCUAGCUAUAGACAUUUGUGUGUGAUUUAAGACGUAAGAAACACGUGUUCUAGUGCUUUAGGAAGCCGGUGUUAAACACUGUUUUUAAACACGGAGCAGCAGUUGCAGGCAGGCUGGAGGAGCAUCUGAUGAGGUCUGUGCCUCUCAGUUUUCCUUUGGGGCUUUAAAAUGUUUUCCCAGUCUUCCAGGGUUUAAAUGAUUUUUAUUUGUAGAUCUUUUGACUACAAAGUGAACGGCUCCUUGGGCUGGAAAUGGGGAAUUUCAUCAGCAUUGGGCCUUGAAAGGGGAAAAUGACUUUGAAAGAGUGGGUAUGGGUCUGGCUGGCCCUUCGAAAGACAGGGUUGUCUUUGGCUGCCAGAGAGGAAGAUGUGAUUAUCUUCCUUGCUUCUCCCUUGCACUGAUGUUAGGCAGGUAUUUGACAUCCCUGAAUUUCGGUGUUUGGGUCUGUCCAUAAGUGCUGCUGGGACCUCCAUGUCUGUCCCAUGAGUUGGCAGCCCUGAGGGGAAUCACAGGCACAUUUUUCCUGAUGAAUUCAGCUCCGUAUUUUGUGCUUCCCUGGAAAUUUUGACCACCUUCUGAUUUUCAGCAACAGCAAACUGGGGCUUGCUUAAAGGGAACUGAUACAACUUUGACCUCCACAUCACCUGAGUAUCAUCAUACAUACAGUGACUCUGUACUUCGCUGCUGUUGCUAAGAGAAUCACAUGAAGAACUCCAUCUGCACUGACUUCCACUUUUAACCAGUAAGGCUGCACAUGUACAUGAAGAUCUAUGUGUGUGCAUGGAUCAGUGUUGGAUCAUGGGCAGAGUGGUGUUUUACUACAGAUGAGACAUCCCUUGAGGAUGAAAUCUGCAGCAGUGUAAGAGUGACCUUGAAAUGAUCACUGGAAUGGACUGCCAUCUUUUCUGUUUUGAUAACAGUAUGGUCUGCAGCUCUGGGGUGCACAGAGAAGAAGGAUGUGAAAGGACUUGCUUUUGGUUACCAUAUUCCUGGACGUUUAUUAGAGAGGGAUUUAAGGGGAAGUGCUUGCAUACACUGGUCUGGACUGUUUUAUUCUCCCAUGCCAGCCUUAGCUACAUGCUCUAUGUUCACUUUUGGGGUGGUGUGUGCUGUUGUGUCUGUGCACAUGGAAGUGAGAGCCUGCAUUUUCACGCUUCUGUGCCCAUGCCAAGUGCCUGUACAUGCAUUUUGAGCAACUUUCUCUGUAUGAGCAUAAGGGACAAGUUGACCCAGGCUGCAUCAACUGGGGAAACAUCUCUGGAGUCAGUACCUGCAGGCAGGGAAGGGCUAUGACCGAUCCACAUCCGU